AUGGCGAGUCGUAUAGAACCAUCGAAUGUGGCGCCACCACCAUAUGAAUCUGCAAUCGCCGAUGAUUUUCAAAAAACACCAACAGCACCUGUCGCAAUUAUUCCACAAACUCAAGGACCAUAUACAACUAUAUUACUUGAACCAAACCAACUUCAAACUAGUACAAAUUUAAUUGUUCAGUCACCAACUAAACUUGUUAUCGUUGAUAAUGCAGCUGCACGCAUUUUCUGUCCUAAAUGUCAUGUACGUUGUUAUACCUUUAAUUUACUUUUCUAUUUGUUCCUCGGUGGGAAUUUCAGCUUAUCAUAUAUAAGCUUAUCAGUCCUAUAUUCGUUACUUCCAUGA